GAACAGGAAACGGCAAUGAUGAUAUCGUCGAAAAACGAUGUACGUACAAGAUCCGUGGCCGGUAUGGGUGCGACUAACUCCGACGCUGUCGCCCUCGCGCUUCCCACAGACGAGACCUGGGCGACAUUCCUCGAAACGGAGGAACGACAGUCCACCUCCUUCCCGAAGAAGCCUCGCCGUGAAGCCUUGAGAGGAGGAGAUGGAGCGGUCCUCCUUCCAGCUCCACGUGGCAAGCUGUCGCCCCGAGAGGAAGACAGAGAUAAGGCGGCUGAUGCGACCGACGAUGGGGUUCCUGAUGAGGAUGAGGAAGAUGGCGAUGACGUCGAGCACACCUCAGUCCUGAGCGAAAAAGCGGUCGAGGUCAGCCUCGAAGCCGACGCCGAGAAGGCGGCAGUGGAAGCCAUGGCCACGGCCGAGACCGGCACUUACAGGCAGUCCCGUUAAUAUCAGAGAAGACACAGCACGGUGAAAGAGAGAGGGAGAAGGAGGACGAGGAGGAAUGCAGAUCUGCCCCGCCAAAGCAACCGAGCGUACAACAGACAGGACACGUGCUUAGCGCCAAAUGCCCACCGUCCUUCCGCGUCUGUGUCCCCCUCACGGAUUUCGUCACCCCGCUCUUUUUGCGUGUGUCUCCCGCACAAAUUUCGGUACCCCGCUCUUCCCCCCUAUACUACUGGACUGGAUGACUCAGCAGUAGACCGGAAAAGCCGCCGUCGCGAUCCGGAUUAGCAAUGCCACGCUGCACAGGUUCCCCGCCGGCGACGAGAACCAGCAGAUGUGCGCAAGGGCGUGCUCGACGAGGCGCCGGCGGCUUUUCCCGCCUUGGUUCCCUUCCCCCCACGUAGCGCGUCGGCGGCUCUUCCCGCCUUGGUUCCCUUCCCCCCACGUAGCGCUUCGGCGGCCUUUCCCGCCUUCACUGCCUUCCUCCACGUUUCUUCUCGAGGACUGACUAAUAAUCCCCGCCGAGAGGGGGAACGGCCCAGUCACUGGGAGUGCACUCCGCGC